AUGAAAAUUUAAAAAGAAUAGAAGAAUAGGAAAUGCAUAGAUGAAAAAUGUUAGUUUGAGCUUAAUCCUAAUGAUUUUAUGUUAUAUGGUCAUGAAUAAAUUAUACCAGAAUAAGAAUUUAUAUAAUUAGGUUAAUUCAUUAUGGAAGGCAAAACUGACUUAAAUGUGGAUACUCUUGAAAAAAUUAAAAAAGAACUUGAAGAAUUUUUUAAAAACAAAUAAGCUUUUGAAAAUUUAAUAAGGAAAAUUUAUGAGGUAAUUAAAAAUCAUAUUAUGGAAGUUUAUAAUGUUAAGUAGGGAGAUUAAAAAUUUAUAGAGAUUUUUAAUUUGAAAUUUACUCAAUUGAAAACAUAAUAAUUUGAAGAAUUGACUUAAAUGGAUAUUGAUUUGAUUAAGUUAAUUAUUAAUCAUUGCUAAGUUUUAAUUCAAUAUUUUGAAGAAAUUUUAAUUAUGAUUGGAUUUUCUUUAUCAGAAGAAGGUGCUGAUUUUCUUGAAUAAGCUGCCCUUUUUAUGUUAUGGUAAUGUCUUUGUUAAAAAUUUGAUGAAAAACUUUAAAUUUAAGAAAUAGAAUUAGAAAAUAAUUUAAAAUAAUCUGAUAAAUAUAUUUUAUAUAAGUAAUAAGCAAAUUCUAAAGACUAAAGUAAGAUAUUAGCAGAAUCAUUAAUACAUCCAAUAAUUAUUAAUAUUAUGAGUAAUUCUUAUCAAAAAUUAGAUGAAAAAUGUUAGAAAUAAUUUAAAAAUUAAUUUCAUAUUCCCACUAGUUAAGAAAUUUUAAAAACUGUUGAUGAAAGUAUUUUAUAAUCAAAAGAAAAUUAAAAAAUUUUAGAUUACAUAAAAAAUCAAGUUCCAUAGAUUGAAAACUUUAUUAAUUAGUAUAUAUAAAAAAUUAAAGAUGAUUUAUUAAAUGAAUUUUAAGAUUAUUAUAGAUGUGAAAUAAAACUAUUCUUAGAAAGCUUAUUGAAUAAAAUUAAGAAAAUAUAAACUCUAUUUAAUAAUUGCUUUUAUGCUUAUAAUUGCUUUAAUUAAGAAAGUUUAUCCACUUAAUAGAAAUAAGAAUAACCAAAAUUCUUAUUCGAUAUUUUGAUUAAUUAUUUUUUGAAUAAAAGAUCACAAUACAUAAAUUAUUUAAAAAAAGAGUUUUAAGGUAUAUUUCAAGAUUUAGAAAUAUAAAAUAAUGAUUAAUAAGAAAUGAAUUAAAAAGUAGAAAAUGAAAAUGUAAAUGUUCUAUUUGAUGAAAUAGAAAUAUUACCUCCUUUUCUUAAAGAACUUUAAUCAUUGAUUACAAAAUAACUUUAGAUGAUAUAAGAUUUUAAGAUUGAAUUAAAUUUGCUUAAUUUAGAUGGUGAAUUUAAUAAAAUAAGAUAUCAAAUGACUGGAUGUUUAGUAAAAUGUCCUUUUUGUAAUAGAAAAUGUGAUCGUGAUAUUAGAGAAUUAAAUCAUAAACAUGAAUGUAGUUAAGGACAUUUCUUAAGAGGUAUUUAUAUUAUUAAUAUAAUUAUAGGAUUUUAAUAAGUACUUGUAGGUAAUAGUCCAUCUAUAUAAACAUGUAAUGAAAUAAAGAAUGAUUUUAAAGUUUAAAGAGUUGGAUAAGUAUUUUAAUGGGAAUAAAUUUAAUAAGAGCAUUAAAAUUGGUCAUUUAAUUCCUAAAAGUAAGAAUCUUUAUAAUUAAAAAAUUUACAAUUAAAGGCAUGGAAUGAAGGAGUUGGAAAUAUAGUUUCAUAAACUAUUUCAAAGAGAAUGAACAAAAAAAUCAAUAUAAUAAAAGCAGAAAAUAAUAAUUUUUAUUAAGAUUCUAACCAUUAUAUAUUUAUACUUGAUGAUUCAGGAAGCAUGUAAGGAUAAAAAUGGCAAAACAUAAAAUAGGGAGCAAUAGGAGUAAUGAAUUUAAUAAAAGAUUAAUAAUCAAAAGCAAAAUCUUCAGUAAUUGUAUUUAAUACGACUGCCAGAUUGGUUUUGGAUUAAUAAUUUAUUAAUACUUCAACUCAAUAACAAUAUAUUGAAUAUUAAGGUGGAGGUACAGAUUAUGACUAUGCAUUUUCCAUGUGUUAUGAUCAAAUCAUUAAGAAUUUUGAAUAUGAUGGGUUUAAUUUAAAAUUAUAUUUAGAUUUUCCAUUUAAUUUUAUACUGAUGGAGAAGCAAGUGUUCCAGAUGUUGCAAUCAGUAAAUUGAGAUCCUUACCAUAAGAAAUACUUAAAAAAAUCAAUUUAAUUAUAUGUAAUAAUAAUCAUUAAGCCUUAGUAACUGAAACAAAAUCACCUGGAGUAUUGUAAUAAAUAGUAACUUCUUUGGAAAGCUAUCUCAAAAAAGUUUAAUUAAUAACAUCUGUUUAGCCAAAUCAAGCAUCCUUAAUUUUAACUUAAGAUGUUUAAGAUUAAAUUAAAGAAGUAAUUAAUUGA